UGCGGCAGAAGAUGUCGGCGGGGCGGCGGCCGGCGCUGUGGUGGUGGUGGUGGCUGCCGGCGUUGCUGUGGGGAGGCGCGGGGGGGUACGUGGUGGUCAGCUCGGUGUCCUGGCCGCUGCCCGAGGGGGGGGAGGAGGCGGCGGCCGAUGAGCUGCAUAGCUCUUCCACCGAGGAAGCGCUGCCCGCGCUGCUGGAAGAGGCGGGCGGCCUCUGGAAGCAAAGCUACCCGGCCUCGGCUUACCGGGAGGACUCGGCCCUGGGCUCCGGGCCGGGGGGGGGGGGGCGGUCGGGGCAGGGGGCCGCCCCUUCCAGGAUGUUCUCCUACCGACGGGAGGGCGGCGGGGCGCCGGGCCGAGCCGGGACCGCCCGCUUCCUCGCCCGCUACAACACCUGGGGCUUCGUGGCUACGCGGGCCGCGCACGGAAAGAUCCAAGGUAUGCCCUAUGGGAACUGCUUACUUCUCAGCGAUGGUCCCGUCAAUAACAGCACCGGAAUCCCUUUCUUCUAUGUGACGCCAAAGGAUAACACUGUGGCAGAUCUCCUGAAGAAUCCUGUGGCUUCUCUGACCCUGCCAGAGGCAGACGGAAAUUUCUGCAGAAAAAAUGUAAUCGAUCCGGAGGAUCCAAGGUGCGCCAGGCUGACUCUCAUGGGACAGAUGGUCACGGUCCCUCCAGAGGAAGUGGAAUUUGCCAAGCAAGCAAUGUUUUCCAGGCACCCGGUGGUAAGAAAGUGGCCUCGUAGCUACGAGUGGUUCUUCAUGAAAAUGAACAUUGAGCACAUCUGGCUUCAAAGCUGGUAUGGAGAAGUUUCUGCCAUUGCAGUAGAAGAGUAUUUAAAAGCAGUUCCAAGUAAAGGAUGAUUGAAUGGGCUUCCAGAUAGAGAUCUUCUGAGUUUCCUUUCCAAACACUUUAAAAAUUUCAUGCUGGAUGGUUACUUCACAGUGAUUUUUUUUUUUUCCCCCAAAGGCUUCAAAAUAGCCCUGUCUCACAUGGAGCAGAGUGAAAAUAAACCAACACAGGCUUUCAAAUUACAAAGGAGAGGAGGAUACUAGCCCUAACCUGCAAUGUACAAACUUGUCAUUUCAAACAGGCAAUGCAUCAUCUUAAAUGCUGCUUAAAAAUGCUUUGUAUUUGUUUGUUUUGACUUCUAUUGCUGUGCACCCACAGGGAAACUACCGUAUGUGCUAAAUAUAAUGUUCUGAUUUACAGAAAAAGCAAAUUUCCUACUCAGAACCUUCUAUGCAUUGUGGAGGUAUUACUGCUGCUUGGUCUCCCUUAAUUUGUAAGUACUCUAAGAGAAACUUAAUAGCUGCAAAUUUAGAUAUUUAAGUUUAAAAAAUAUAUUUUGCUAAAGCUGUCCUCGUUUGCUAACUUGUAUUUUCUACAUGUGCUUUUCCCUAAUUAGAUAAUUUGAUAUUUCACUUGGAAAUUGAGUAGAAAUUCUCUCUUUUAGUAUAAAAAAAUGCAAGCAGCUCAAACAACACGGCUCCAAUAUAACUUGUCUCUCACUGACACAAAGCUGGUUAAACACGUUAAGGGCCAAAACCAAAUCAGCCCCCCAAGGAUUAUCCUAAUACAAGUAUAAACAUUCUCAUAAGAAGAAUUUAAGUAAAUGUUCUCAGCUAGCCAGUUCCCGUUAUGAGACAGGAAAAGUAUUUUUAAUAGCCUGUAGUCCUGAUUUUUUUGCAUCCCUUCUCCAGCCACCGCUUUAUUUUUAACUCAUUUGUGCAACUGAUGUUUGUAAACCAUCACUAACUCAUCUAGGGGUGGAGCCAGUCCCUUAACUCUGUUCCCUCAUCAAGUUUUAAAGGGCUUGUUCAUGCAUUUAUUUAAAAAAAAAAUCCUAAAGAUAGGUAGAUAUUUCAGGCCAUGAAAAACUCAUUUUCUUGGUGUGGAAAGUGCAAACUUCGUUGCAAACACGUUAUGAAUAGGCAUCUCGUGAUAAUACCAAAGGAAUUCAAAGGUAUUUUAUUCACCUUCAGCCCUUUCUUUAGAGGUCCUGGUAAACUUAUUCUGCAGUUCCUAAGGGUAUCACAGGAAAAAAGGUCCCAUGGCUAACCAGCCAAGCCAUUACACAGUUUGCAAAUUAUACGGCUGUUCUCCCUGUUACAUUAAGAAAGAGACACAUUGAGAUGGGGUUUCUGUGCCUGUGGGGAAGGUCUUCCAGCAUCCCUGGGAGGGCACCGGAGCUCUGGAUGCCAGCCCGUACCACGGCUGGGCUGAGGAGGAGCCCGGGUCGCUGGGCAAGUGACCUGAGCUUGUACAGGUUAAUCCCCAGGCAGAGCUCAGACGCAGCUGCGUGAGCUAUGACCAGCUGGAAGCCAAUUAAGUGUAGCUGAGCUUAUUUUGGUUCAGGCAGGACGAGAGGGAGUCAUUCCUGGAGCAGAGCUGGGCACUGUGCUGGUUUAACUACCAGGGGCCACUUAGCCCUUGAGCAAGUUCAAGGCUCUGGGCAUCACUACUGUUCCUGAUAUUCUGUAAGAAUUGAAGACAAAUUCAGGGAAAAAGUUUGUUUAGACACUCGCUAAGCAUUUUUUUUUCUUGUUUCAUUGCCAGAGACUCUGUCAGCAGUGCAGAUCUUUUGCAGAGGUAAUUACGGAAAAGGAGGAAGUAUCCUGCUUGAAUCUAUUUCCUUUUUUUUUUUCUUGGCAGGUGAGCAGCAUUUUCCCAUUUGAGUUUGCCCCGAAUCUUGCACUGUGUAGUACUGAAGCAAAACAGUCCAUCCUGGACAGAUUCAUAGAAUACCAUCAAGUGAAAUCCUCCUUGAUUCAUAUUGUUUUGCCAUGGAGGUCUUUGUCCACUGUGGAUUUGAUACUUUGCCCAUUAGGAUUAAUGGGACUUUUAAAACUGAGUUCAACAGGCAGAGUACUAGACCCUGUAAGGGACUCUCCACAGAUCUAAUGUUUCUGUGCAACUUUAAUUACAUGUUUCAUUAUCCCAGUUCACUACUAUUCACAGAGAAACCUGAACUGCCUAUUCUCUCCCCUGCCCUUAAACACACACACGCGCACACACACACACACAGAUUUAGCACAUCUAGUGUACAAGCUUAAUGUUUAAACAAGCUGAAGAAGAGAGGAAGAAUUUUAGAAAUGCUGCUGUUAUUAUACUCUCACUUACGUCCUUAGACAGCCUGGUAUCAGUGACAUGGUCCUAUGUCCUAUCCGUUAAUUUAUUAACACUCUUGCCUUAAAGCAGUAAGGGAUUGUAUCAACGAUGUUCAGUAGAGCUUUAACUGUUUAAGAAGUUAGUGUGCACUAAGAAAGGUUUUGAAUUUACAAUACCUUACUUGCUAUAGGCCGUCUCCCUGCACACCUAGAUUAAUUGGAGUAGCUUCUGUGUUGUAAAUUGACACAUUCAUCAAGAAGCUUUGCUGUAUGGCCCUGCCGUGAGGCUCUUGACAGAACCUCAAAACUUGAAAUGGUGAGGGCAUGUAAAGUGACAAAAGGGGCUUCAUGAAGAAAUGCAGUCUUAAAUCACCUGUUCUCAUUUCAUACUUCCCUCUCCCAAGGAAUAGCUACCAUAAAAGUCCUUGAAAGUCUGUAGAAAUUCAUCAAAAAUAUGACCAGCAGGUUUUGAAUGGAAUUUUCUGGAGCAAAAGAAGGGGAGGCGGUAGUAGUUUGCUUAAUUGGUCUUUAAAUUAUUAAUUAUAUACUACUUUCAAUUUUUCUUUAAAUUGACAAAUAUCUCAAGUGAUAUUGUUCAUCACGUGGUAAGUGAUGUUUGUUAAAAGCUUUUAACCCAAAGAGUGUUAUUGAGAUAGCACAAUAAAAUCGUAGUUCCCUGAGACUGUAAACAUUCCGAUCUUGCUUCAGUUCAAGUCAAUAGCAAAAAUCCUAUUUAUUUGUUGUGCUUUAAGUAUUAGAUCAAAUAAACAUUUUUAUAAAAGGUCAUGAUAAGCACUUAGGAAUUUAUGAAGCAUUUCCACUAGCUGAUGUGUAAUUUAUUUCCAUGUGUUCUGUAUUUAUUUCUGUAGCUUCCUCCAAAAAGCUUGUUGUGCAACAUGUAUUAUUUAAAACUUUGACUGUGGUUUUGCAAUAUUUAAGAGAUGCAUUUAGUCAUGUCUGUAUACUUGCUGAAGAAAGGAAGACAAAGUUCUAAACUGGGGUUCUCACUUUUUGCUAAUUUGUGCAAAUGUAAUGCAUGUACAGGAUUUAAGCACAGCUAGUUUGGACUGCUGUUCUUAUUUAACCAAAGAAUGCUCCGUCCCUGAUGAAAUUUUCAUCACUUCGGUGGAUGAAAUGCAACCUGUCUCGUUUCUGGAUGUGUAUUGCAAUUUGCAAUGUAUUUUGAUUCCUAAAGAUACUGAAUGUUGUUAACAAAAUGCCUAUCGAGAAGAAAUGCAAAUAAAACAAAUUGCAAAGUA